AACCAGCUCCUUGUGAAAGGCUUGCUGUUUAUAGAGGAGAAGGUUAAGCUGUGUGAAGGUGAAGAUCGCAUUGACGUCCUGUCUGAAAUCUGGGAUCACUAUUUUACAGAGACUCUUCCUACACUCCAGGCAAUAUUCUACCCAGUCCAGGGUCAGGAGUUGACUAUCCGUCAGAUUGCUCUUCUUGGCUUCAGAGACUUGGUCUUGCUAAAAGUAAAGUUGGAAGAAAUUCUUCCUCUGGUCCGGACAAAGCUCCCAGCUUCCAUUGUCCAGAUGCUGUUAAUUCUGCAGAGUGUCCACGAGCCUGCUGGCCCCAGUGAGGGCUAUCUGCAGCUGGAAGAGCUGGUCAAGCAGGUGGUAUCGCCGUACUUGGGUUUGUGCGAGGAUCACAGCUUCUCUGGUAGCACCUGCUUGCUUGAGAGACGGCACUCCAGAUCCCAUCCUAAGCCUGGUGUACUGAAUUAUUCAUCUCACAUGCUGACGAGCCGGCAGCCCAUGGAGAUGGCCCUGACCCCACUGACAGAGCAGGAGGGCGAGGCUUACCUGGAGAAAUGCGGUAGCAUCCGUCGCCACACCGUUGCCAAUGCUCACUCAGAUAUUCAGCUCCUGGCGAUGGCUUCCAUGAUGCACACAGGAAUGGUGAUCGAGGAGUCAGACAGUACCGACAAGUGCCUCAUCCUGCAGCCCAGUUUCAGCCACAGGCAGUGUUCCAGUGAGCCCAGUAUCGCCGAUGGGCCAGAGGGAGUCAUGGCAGCGGGUAGGCAGGACCCUGCAGAGCUGAACUGCGCAUCCGUCAGCUAG